GAUUUAAAGUGUCGGAAGUGCGGGAAUCCCUGUAUUUUUCUGUGCCAAGUGUACGCCCCUAUUGAGGAGCAGGAAAAUUGUUUUCAUCGUACAAUAUUCAUAUUUUUAUGUUUGAGUCCUGACUGUUGCGAAAAUAACACCAACGUAAAUCUCAAAGUUUUUCGGUGUCAGUUGCCACGGAAAAAUGCUUUUUACCCCUAUGACCCACCAGUGUACGAAGAGAAUUGGUGUAAAGAGAUAUGUGCGAGUACAUACUGUAAACUGUGCAUCGUAUGUGGAUGUAAAAGUACGAGUCAUUGUGCAAAGUGCAAGAAAGCUAAUUACUGUAGUAGGCAGCACCAAGUUUCGGAUUGGAAAGCAGGUCACAAAGAAGUAUGUGAAGAAAACAACGUAGUAGUUGCAAAGAGCGAAUUGUUACUACCAGAAUUCGAGUUAUUGGUGGGGGUGGAGGCCGGUUCUUCCGAUUCAAGUAGUUCGUCGCUCAGCGACGAAGAGAACGGAGAGGAGACCCCUACCUCAGUUGACAAAGUUGAAGCCACCUUCCAAGAGAUUGCUCAAAUGAGAGUGGCGCAAAGGCUACACAUGGAACUUCACUCACAUAAGAAUUUGUUUUGUAACAGUCAGGUGGAUGAAGACCUCCUACGUAUGGCAAGAUCUGAGCAAUCGGAUGACCGAACUUUCCACCACUUCAAGAAAUGUACAAAUCGACAUCCACGCCAAGUGCUUCGCUACGACAGGGGCGGGGAGCCACUGUGGAUUGCAAAUGUGGCAGACCCUUUGACAGUACCACCCUGUCAGUAUUGUGGAGCAGACAGGAAGUUUGAGUUUCAGAUUCUCCCUCAACUCCUGAACCACCUUGGACUGGACAGUUGUGAGCGGAGUGUGGACUGGGGAACACUGGCUGUGUUUACCUGUGCUGCCAGCUGUGACAUGGGGCCUCCAUACAAGGCAGAGUUUGUGUGGAAGCAGGAUUUGUCCUAACUGCAGCUCUCUUGCCUGUGACGUCAAGAGUUGUUUUCAAAGCAUUAACUUAAAUUAUAUGGUCCCAUGAUAUUUGGGCUGAGUACCAAACAAAUUGCAAAUUGAUGUUCGUUGCAUAUUUAAGACUUCUUCUGUAAUUUUACUUUUUCAGAUCUUUUAUAUCAAAUGGAUGUAUGUUUACUUGGCAUGUGUAUACAAAUAAAUGGAAUCCUAUUGUGA